AUGAAUUUUCUAUUUCGACAACAACGUACGUUCAAACCUCAUAGAAAUAUACCAGAAGGUACUAAACAACAUGAUUUGAUGAGACAUGCUCAAAAUACUCUCGGAAGUGGAAACCUACGCCUUGCUGUUCAAUUACCAGAUGGAGAAGACCUUAACGAAUGGAUCGCUGUUAACAUUGUGGAUUUUUUCAAUCAAAUCAACAUGCUCUACGGUACAAUCACCGAAUUCUGUACGGAAACAACAUGUGUCUUAAUGACAGCUGGACCCAAGUAUGAAUAUCAUUGGGCCGAUGGUCAAACAAUUAAAAAGCCUAUUAAAUGUUCAGCACCACGUUACAUUGAUUAUUUAAUGUCUUGGGUGCAAGAUCAACUCGAUGAGGAAAGUCUUUUUCCAUCGAAAAUCGGUGUACCAUUUCCCAAAAAUUUCCUCUCCAUUGCCAAAACAAUCUUAAAACGCUUAUUCCGUGUCUAUGCUCACAUAUACCAUCAACACUUCAAAGAAGUUGUUAUGCUCAAAGAAGAAGCACAUUUAAAUACAUCAUUUAAACAUUUCGUUUAUUUCAUUCAAGAAUUUUCCUUAGUCGAAAAAAAAGAAUUAGCACCUUUACAAGAAUUAAUCGAUCGUCAGAUGAAUUCUAAUCAGAGAAAGAAGAUUGCUUGUACAUUUAUGUCUGAUCUAACUGAUAUGCAUUUUGGUCUGCUGAACAAAUCUCACGAUCAUCUACUAACUUAUCGUGCAUUCGAGCAAGUUCGUCUCAUCGCUCUUCGACAUUUUUGGAUACCGAAUUCCAUCAUUUUUUACAAUCCGAAUGAUGAGUCAGAUAAUGCCUUUGAAUUUUCUCUAACGAUAUCGAAUGAACGUUACUAUUUGUAUAUUCCAUGGAAUAUUGAUGAAUACCAAAUCCAAUGUUAUAUAUCAUGUCGAAAACUAGCAGAUGAUGGCUAUGCAUGGACAAUUCGUAUGUUAGAUCGAAUAUUACGAUUACUAUGUGAUCAUUGUCCUGGCCUCUUCCAACUCGAAUAUCGAAAUGGUUUAUUUGGUCGACAGAUAAAUCGUUCGAUUGUGUACAACGGCCUCACUAAUCUUCAUCCCAUGGACUAUAGUCAUUGGAAACAACGUGUACAGUUGCAACAAAUAAUGGUAAUGAGUAUGCGAUACGCUCAAUUAAAUAUCAAACGCUCGGCCAUGGAAGAAUACUUAAUGAAUCUUAUUAUGAUUGGUAUGUGUGAUAAAUGUGUCAUAUGGCAACAUCUAGUCGAACAACGACGACAACAACAACAACUGACGAGUCCAUCUGACAAUGGUCCGCGCGUGCGUUGGUCAGAAGAAACGGUUGAUAAUGAAUAUAUGAACAAAAAGAAAUCGAAAUGCUGCUGUAUCUAUACAAAACCACAUGAUCCUCAGUCGGAUGCUAACGAAACCGAAGAGGACAAAGAAUUCGAUAAUUGUCAACAUUGUCGAAAUCAUACUGAAUCUGAUUAUGCUGCCAAUGCCGAAGAUCGUCAGCCAAAAGUCAAAGUAGUCAUUAGAAAACCAGAUAGUUCCUAA